AUGGCAGCCCCCGUGAACGAAGAGAUCCAGCGAUUAUGCUAUUAUAAUAUUCGACCAGUCGUGUUCCACGGAUAUGUUGCUCCUUUCAUUUUGAUAUAUUCCGCUUGGCUCUAUGCCUGGACAUUUGUGUAUGGAAUAAACGACUAUUUUGAGGGAGGUCUCAUAGCGUUUGCUAUUGUUGCUUUACUGCAAGUGUUGACAUCACUGUUUUGUCUGUGGUCUGUGGAUGUCCGGUGUGCAUUAACAUGCUCAAAGGUUAAUGAUCCAUAUAAAGCUGGCUGGGUAAAAGUUGUACCAACACCAAAUAAUGGUUUUACAGAAAUUAUUAAAUUAUUCCAUGAUCAGUCUGAUCAUGGAGAAGAAUUAUGGUUUUAUUUCCAAAAAACAAAAUAUAUUUAUGAUAAAGAUGAGAAAAAACAAUUUUUACAAGUAUCCUUUCCAAUAAAUGAAUCAAUACAACACUACAUGGACUGGAAGGGUUAUCCAGAUGAUAAAUCCUUGAAAGAAGUAGAACUAAAAUAUGGCAAAAAUUCAAUGAUAAUGGAUAUACCUCAGUUUAUGGAACUAUUCCGAGAAAGAGCCACAGCACCAUUCUUUGUAUUCCAAGUAUUUUGUGUUGGUUUAUGGUGUUUAGAUGAAUAUUGGUAUUACAGUGUUUUUACAUUGUUCAUGUUAAUUGCUUUUGAAGCCACACUUGUACAACAACAACUACGUAAUAUGGCAGAAAUACGGAAAAUGGGAAUAAAACCAUAUUUAAUUCAGGUGUAUAGAAAUAAAAGAUGGAUAAAAAUAAUGACUGAUGAAUUGGUACCAGGAGAUAUAGUAUCAAUAGUUCGAUGUCAAGAUGAUAGGAUAGUACCAUGUGAUUUAUUAUUAUUAAGAGGACCCUGUAUUGUAGAUGAAUCUAUGUUAACUGGAGAAUCAGUACCAGUCAUGAAGGAAGCAGUAGAAAACCUAGAUAAUGAUCAUAUAUUAGAUACAGAAAUUGAUGGUAAAUUACAUAUGUUAUUUGGUGGUACCAAAGUUGUACAACAUACACCACCUAGUAAAACAGGCGCUGGAUUAAAAGCUACUGAUAAUGGUUGUAUAGCAUAUGUUUUAAGACAUAGUUUCAACACUUCACAAGGAAAACUAUUGAAAACUAUAUUAUUUGGUGUAAAGAGAAUGACUGCUAAUAGUUUAGAGACCUUCUUCUUUAUAUUAUUUCUGUUAAUAUUCGCAAUCAUUGCUGCAUCUUAUGUCUGGAUUAAAGGUACUGAAGAUCCAAAUCGUAAUAGAUAUAAGUUAUUUUUAGAAUGUACCUUAAUUUUAACAUCAGUUGUUCCUCCUGAACUACCUAUAGAGUUAUCAUUAGCAGUCAAUACGUCAUUAUUAGCUCUUACUAAAUUAUAUGUAUAUUGUACUGAACCAUUCCGUAUACCAUUCGCUGGGAAAGUUGAUGUAUGUUGUUUUGAUAAGACAGGAACAUUAACUAGUGAUAGUUUAGUUGUUGAAGGUGUAACUGGUCUAAAUGGUGAAGAGAUAGUACAUGCUACAGAAGUACCUAUUACUACAGCACAGGUUAUGGCAUCAUGUCAUUCUUUAGUACAUUUAGAUGAUGAAUUAGUGGGUGAUCCUCUAGAGAAAGCUACAUUAAAUGCUGUAGAAUGGACAUUAACAAAAGCUGAUUCUGUAUUACCACAGAAAAAAGGACCACAAGGUUUAAAGAUAUUCCAUCGAUUCCAUUUUGCUAGUGCUUUAAAGAGAAUGUCUGUUAUAUGUGGGUAUACACCGCUUGGAUCUCAAAAUACUGAGUAUAUGGGGACUGUUAAAGGAGCACCAGAAACUUUGAAAUUGAUGUUUAUCAAUCCACCAGCUAAUUAUGAUGAGGUAUAUUUAUCUAUGGCUAGAAGAGGAGCUAGAGUCCUAGCUUUAGGUUAUAAACAUCUAGGACCACUUUCACAUUCUCAGGUUCGAGAGAUACCCAGAGAAGAGAUUGAAUGUGAUUUAAACUUUGCUGGUUUUGUUAUAAUAUCCUGUCCAUUAAAAUCAGAUUCCAAAUCAUCUGUUAAAGAAAUUAUCAACGCUUCACAUCAUGUUGCCAUGAUUACAGGGGACAAUCCAUUAACAGCCUGUCAUGUUUCUAAAGAAUUAAAGAUGUCCGGAAAGGUUAAGAUAUUAAUUUUAACAUCACCCAAUGCACUAGAUAAAGACUGGCAUUGGCAAUCUAUUGAUGAUAAAAUAAUACUACCUGUUAUACCUGGUGACCUGAGAAAAUCUUUAAUAGAUAAAUAUGAUCUCUGUUUAACUGGAGAGGCUCUAACAUAUCUUCAAACAGAAUAUCCUAAAAUAUUAAAGAUUAUUUUACCAAAUACUAAAAUAUUUGCUAGAGUUGCACCCAAACAAAAGGAAAUAAUUAUAACAUCAUUAAAAUCUUAUGGUUAUACAACAUUAAUGUGUGGUGAUGGUACUAAUGAUGUAGGUGCUUUAAAGCAUGCUCAUGUCGGUAAGUGUAGCAUUAUUAGCCAAUGCUCCAGAAAAAUUUGGGAAGAAAAAGAAAGAAAAACCAGAGGUAUUUUUUUUUUUUUUAUAUUAUCUUUUUGUGGGGAUGCUAGUGUAGCUUCACCAUUUACUUCUAAAUUAUCUACAGUAGUUAGUGUAUGUAAUAUAAUCAAACAGGGCCGAUGUACAUUAGUCACCACAUUACAGAUGUUUAAAAUAUUAGCAUUGAAUGCCCUCAUAUUAGCUUAUAGUCAAAGUGUAUUAUAUUUAGAUGGUAUUAAAUUUAGUGAUGGACAAGCUACAAUGCAGGGUUUAUUACUGGCUGGUUGUUUCUUAUUUAUAUCAAGGUCAAAGCCUUUAAAGCAUUUAUCAAAAGAACGUCCUCUACCUAAUAUAUUUAAUAUUUAUACAAUCUUGACAGUAUUGCUACAAUUCUCUAUACAUUUUACUAGUUUAAUAUAUCUGGUACAACAAGCUCUAGCUUAUGAAAAUCGCAAAGAAGGAGAACAUAUAGAUUUAGAGGCUAAAUUUAAACCCAGUAUAUUAAAUACUACAGUUUAUAUUAUAUCAAUGUCAUUACAAGUCUCUACAUUCGCUGUCAAUUAUAGGGGUGAACCAUUUAUGGAAAGUUUAUGGAAUAAUAAACCAUUAUUAUAUAGUUUAAUGGUUUCUAGUGGGGCUAUAGUCUGUCUGGCUAGUGGGGCUAUACCAGAGUUAGGAGAACAAUUUGAACUUGUCGAGUUACCAACUGAACUGAGGAAUAAUGUUUUAAUGACUGUAGCAGGAGAUAUCUUGGCAGCUUUUAUUGUAGAUAGAAUAUGUCGUUUUAUUUUUGGUCGGGGUAAAUUAAGGAAAAGUUAA